AGUCCCCACUAACUUUGUUGAACCCCUCAUUCAUUCAUUCAUGGCUUUCACUCUUCUUUUCUUUCUUUAUUUCCUCACUCACACAUUGACAUGAAUGACCCUUUCUUUUUCAACCCUUCUAGUUCUUCCUCCAUCUUCAAUGCUGUUACUCACCUUUUCCUUCUCUCCUUGAAUGCUUUACCUUUCUGCUUGUGGGCAUGAAGCCUAACGUCUUGCUUCUCCUUCACCUCUUUCUUUUUCAACUGUUCCUGCUCAAUCUCUGUGCGCUUGAUUCCCAUAGCAGUAGAUUAGAUCAUCUUCGAGAUCCUGUACUAUUGGAUAACCAUGUGGAUUCCAUGUUCCCCAAAAUCUCACCUCUUGGUGCUCCGCAACCCUUUCUUCCUCUUCUUGCACCUUCACCACUGGCUCCAUUCACCAAUACCUCCAUCCCUAAGUUAUCAGGACUCUGCACUUUGAACUUCACUGCUGCUGAAAAUUUGACAAGUGUGACAGCCAUUGAUUGCUGGGAAUUUUUUGCACCAUAUCUGGCUAAUGUUAUAUGUUGUCCCCAAUUUGAAGCCACUCUCACAAUUCUCAUUGGUCAAUCCAGUAAAUAUACUGAUGUACUUGCUUUAAAUGGGAUCGUUGCUCAACAUUGCCUUUCUGAUGUGGAGCAGAUUUUGAUGAGCCAGGGUGCCAAUAAUAGUCUGAAGCAGAUAUGUUCAAUUCAUUCUUCAAAUCUUACAGAGGCAUCUUGCCCAGUGAAAAAUGUGAACGAUUUUUAUGACAUGGUGGAUACUUCUAAGCUCCUUACUGCCUGUGAGAAAAUUGAUCCCGUGAAAGAAUGCUGCUACCAAAUUUGUCAGAAUGCUAUAUUAGAAGCAGCUACGACAAUUGCAUCAAAAAGUUCUGAUACUUUGAGCAUAGGUGUGCCGCAUGUUCUACCUGAGCACUCUAUUCGGGUCAAUGAUUGUAGAAAUAUUGUCCUCCGGUGGAUAGCUAGCAAGCUUGAUCCUUCUGAUGCCAAGAAAGUUCUCAGAGGGCUUUCUAAUUGCAACCUUAACAAAGUUUGUCCUCUGGUUUUCCCUGACAUGAAGCAAGUUGCCAAGGGUUGUGGGAACGGGAUAAGUAACAAGACAGCAUGCUGUAAUGCCAUGGAAAGCUAUGUGUCUCACUUGCAAAAGCAGAGAUUCAUCACGAACUUGCAAGCUUUGAAUUGUGCAGAGACUUUGGCAAUGAAAUUAAAAAAGUCAAAUAUUAAUGAAGAUGUUUAUAGUCUUUGUCACAUAAGCCUUAAGGAUUUUUCCCUUCAAGUUGGAAAUCAAGGGGCUGGUUGUCUAUUACCCAGUUUGCCUUCUGAUGCUACAUUUGACAGUACUUCUGGGAUUACCUUCCUUUGUGAUCUAAAUGACAAUAUUCCAGCUCCCUGGCCUUCUACAUCUCAAGGGGCUGCUUCAUCAUGCAAUAAAUCUGUCAACAUCCCUGCCCUUCCUGCAGCAGCAUCUAGUCAAAGUUGCCUCUACAGUCAUGACGUGCUGUUUUUCCUUCUUGUUGCUUUAUCGUUUCUCUUGAUGACAAUCGUGUGAUUAUGAGGGGCUUCCUUGUUAAAAUGCAGCUUUCCUAGUCCUUCAACAAGGAGGGUUUUUGGAUGGAUGAUAUGGAAAAGGUUAGUUGCCAUCCAAAUGUGACCGGUUUUGUGAGAAGGAGAAAUCUCAAUUGGAUGUGUAGUCCAAUCUGUUUCCGAUCUUAAUUGAUUCAUGAUUCUUGUGUGGUCGUGUAAUAAAAUUUUUGUAUAUAGGAAACUUAGAAAGCAUAGGUUAUACAGGAACUUAUCGAGAUUGAAAUGUAAACCUGGAUUGCAGUUGGAGAAGGUUUUGUAAUCAUCCUUUUUAAGUAUUAUAGGCAUUUG